AUGGAAAAUUCAAAUUUGAAAAUCACAUCUUCACCGCCACAGCAAGAACCAGAGCAUAAAAGGCCUAGAAUGUCCACCACGACCUCCGACGAAGAAGAAAUUGCAACAACAGCCUCCGGUGAUGAAACCGCCACAGACAAAAAACAACGAUACAAACGCCGUAAAAUCGCGAUAUUCUUCGCUUACUGCGGGGUUGGCUACCAGGGGAUGCAAAAGAACCCAGGCACUAAAACUAUCGAAGGUGAACUUGAAGAAGCCCUUUUUCACUUUGAUGCCGUCCCCGAACAGGACCGUGGCUGCCCUAAGCGGUAUGAUUGGGCUCGCACUGAUAAGGGCGUGAGCGCCGUGGGACAAGUCAUCUCAGGCCGCUUCCACAUCGAUCCGCCAGGACUUGUUGGUCGCUUAAAUUCAAUUCUUCCAUCCCAUAUUAGAAUCUUUGGAUAUAAGCGAGUGACAGCCUCGUUUAAUGCUAAGAAACUUUCUUUUAACGAAAAUGAAAAAGAAAAAAAAAAUGGAAGAAAUAGAAAUCGGUUACAACCUUUGGAGACACCCGCUUAUAUUAAGGUUAAUUGA